GGGACGCCUAGGUCUGCAGCGCCCUCGGCCCCAGAGGCGGAGCCGGAAGCUCUACGGUUUCAUCCCUAAGCCCCUCUGUUGUCAAAGGGGCAGUUCUCUUCCUCUCGACCCGUUCCGCCUGCCCUUCUCCCCCUUCACCCGGAGGCCGAAGUCCGCUGCCCGGCCGGGCGGUGCUGCCGGAGCUCCCGGACCCGGAAGAAGCAUUUACUCCCUCCUCCGCCAUGGAGCCCAUCGCGCCGUCCCUCACCGAGGAGGACCUGACAGAAGUGAAGAAGGACGCUUUAGAAAAUCUGCGUGUAUACCUGUGUGAAAAAAUCAUAGCUGAGAGACAUUUUGAUCAUCUACGUGCAAAAAAAAUACUCAGUAGAGAAGACACUGAAGAAAUUUCUUGCCGAACAUCAAGUAGAAAAAGGGCUGGAAAAUUGUUAGACUACUUACAAGAAAACCCCAAAGGACUAGAUACACUGGUUGAAUCUAUUCGGCGAGAAAAAACACAGAACUUCCUGAUACAGAAGAUUACAGAUGAAGUGCUGAAACUUAGAAAUAUAAAACUAGAACAUCUGAAAGGACUGAAAUGUAGCAGCUGUGAGCCUUUCCCAGAUGGAGCCACAAACAACUUCUCUAGAUCAAAUUCCAAUGAGAGUAAUUUCUCAGAAAAACUGAGAGCAUCCACUGUCAUAUACCAUCCUGAAGGAGAAUCCAGCACGGCCCCCUUUUUUUCUACUGAGUCUUCUCUGAAUUUGCCUGUUCUUGAAGUCGGCAGAACUGAAAAUCCGACCUUCUCUUCAACUACGCUUCCCAGACCUGGGGACCCCGGGGCUCCUCCUUUGCCACCAGAGCUGCAGUUAGAAGGAGGAGGAACUUGUGGAAACUCUAGUGAGAUGUUUCUUCCCUUGAGAUCACGUGCUGUUUCCCACCAAUGACAGUUUACAGCCUCUUAAUCUUUUUUAAUAAUGACAAAAAAUAUUUGAAAGGAUAUCAAUCUUUUUAUAAAAUUGCUAGAAUGACAACAUUUGAUAUAUGUCUUUUAAAAAGCAAUGGAAGCAUACUUUGUAAAUAGACUUUUUUAGGACAAAAGAAGCAUACUUUUAGAUAGCUGAAGAAAAAAAUCAUGUUGAUCAUGUAAUUUUCAGUGUUUUCUUUGCAUUUUUGAGGUAUGGAGUGUUUUCACAUUUUUUGUUUUAAGACUAACUUUAAUAGGGAAUAUUUCUCUCUUUAAGAAUAGUCUGAGGCUGGGUAUAAUGUCUCAGUGCAUUUGUACUGGAAUUUUCACAGUCUAAUAGUCCUUUCCAACAUACAGCAGUACAUUUUCAGAUUAAGCUACAUCUAUAUGGUAAUAAAGCCAAUCACUGACAGGAAAACUGCCAGUGUACUGAAAAGAAUCUCCCACUCCCUUGAGCUUAGAGACACUUACAGAGUCCCCUUCUGAUGCGGAGGAACAUCUAAGGGAGUUUGAGCCACCUAAGAUCUCAAUUUGCCAAAAUACAGUUUUUAUUAACCUUACUAAUUAAUACUAUUUUCUUAGGAUUUUCACAAUCUUUGCUUAUCAUUUUCAUUCCUACAGAAAAAUCUCGGCAAAAGCCUGCGAUUGCGUGUAAUUUGGUGAGAUUUUAAAAAUAUUUUUCUGUACUUUUCAUUCUCUUUUAAUGAGGACCACUGUACAAGUUGAAAUAACUAGGACAAAAUGUUGUGUGUGUGUAUCUAUGUGCCAGUUCUGUCUUCAAUACUGUUUGGAACAAGUGGAUCAUUAGCCUGACUUGUGUUUUUAUUAUAACA